UUGGAAUUUAGAUUAGUUUACUUACAAACUUACAGGGAUGAAAGGUAGUUUUAAAAUAUAAAUAGUAAAUAAUAUCAUCGACUGAAUGUUAAAUCGACAACUUUCAUUUAUAAAAUAAAACAUAUCAAUACUUAAAAACAAUGAUGAUAAUCAUCUGUGAAUGUUAUCGUUUAUAAUUUUAAAUAGUACAUAUGUAACUUUUCAAUAAAUGUUUGAAUUUACAAUGAUAAUAAAGAAACAAAUACGUUCAGUGAUGUGUAGAGGUCGAAAGAAGAAAAUUGCUAGUUUAGUUAUAAUAUUAAUAUUUUUGAUAAAUGCAAUGUUUUAUGUAAGCUUAGAAUUGUACAACACAAUCAAGAACAGAAAUAAGGAUCCUUGGUAUAAGAGUUUACGUUAUGAAAAAGACUAUGGGGAUAAAAUGGGAAUGCGAGUUAUUGUAGGUCAUUAUGUUGGUGGAAAUUCUGGAGGGAAUUUAUCUCAAGAAAUAAUAAAUACUAACCACUACGCUCCAAUAGCAGGGGCAGGAGAGGGGGGGAGGCCUGUUCAAUUAUUGCAGAGAGAGAUAAUAUCAGCCAGAGACUUGUACACAUUGCAUUCGUAUAAUAUUGUUGUAAGUGAUAGAAUUUCAAUAAACAGAAGUCUUCCAGAUAUGCGUAGUGAAAGCUGCAGAAGAGUUGAAUAUGACUUAGAAAAUCUUCCAACGGCGAGUGUGAUUAUAGUCUUCCACAAUGAAGCUUGGUCUACACUUAUGAGAACUGUGAUGUCCGUAUUGAUAAGAUCUCCAGCAGUACUAUUGAAAGAGAUUAUUUUAGUAGAUGAUGCCAGUGACCGCCGGUAUUUAGGUAAAGAAUUAGAAGAUGCAAUUGAAAACUUGAAUAAUGUGAAAAUAUUGAGGAGCCAAAAUCGAACAGGAUUAGUAGGAGCAAGACUAAUGGGUGCUAGAAUUGCUGUAGGAGAUGUUUUACUGUUCUUGGAUGCACAUUGUGAGGUUACUCAAGGUUGGAUCGAGCCACUUUUAGAGAGAGCAGGAAGUGAUGACGUAUUCAUUUGUCCUCAUAUUGAUCUCCUCUCUGAUGAUACAUUAGCGUACACAAAAAGUAUCGACGCCCAUUGGGGAGCAUUUAGUUGGCGCCUUCAUUUCCGUUGGCUUAUGCCUAGCAGCGAGGUUAUGAUAAAUAAAUCUAAAAAUCCUUCUAAACCUUAUCCAACACCAGCGAUGGCAGGAGGUCUCUUCGCUGUGAGAAAGAGCCUGUUUUGGCGUUUGGGAGGGUACGAUGAGGGUAUGGUUAUAUGGGGUGCAGAAAACCUAGAACUAUCCUGGCGAGCGUGGCAGUGCGGCGCGAGAGUUGAAAUAACACCUUGUUCCCGAGUCGGUCACAUAUUUAGAAGACAUAGUCCAUACAAAUAUCCUGGUGGUGUUGCCAAAGUUCUUAAUUCGAAUCUAGCUCGGGCUGCAAGUGUAUGGAUGGAUGAAUGGGCCGAUUUUUUCUUUAAAUUUAACCCUUCAGUUGCAGCGAUACGUGACACUCAAAGCGUGGGUGAUAGAAUUGAGAUCCGAAAAAAUUUAAAUUGCAAAAACUUCAAAUGGUAUUUGGAGAAUGUGUGGCCGCAACAUUUUUUUCCAACCGAUGAGAGGUGGUUUGGCAGAAUACGCAAUGAUAAAGGUGGUUGUAUCGGAGUAACUGCGGGUACCCCAGGACUUGGGGGUCCCGCUUCGAGCAUAAGUUGUGGAAGUGAUCUUGAUCUAGAUAGAUUAUUAGUGUACACCGCCGAGGGGAAAGUAAUGGCCGACGAAGGAUUAUGCUUAGAGCAAGGGAAUGGGAGAGCGGUUUGGAAAACCUGUACAGAGAGCAUAAAACAGAUUUGGCAGCAAAAAGGCCCGAGAUUAAAGACAUUAGAUGGCCUUUGUCUGACAUUAGUAAAUGGUGAUAGUCAGGACGGUAUCAGUGACCCUUUGACAGCAAAGCGGUGUUUAAAUGACAACAAACAAAUAUGGCAUUUUGAACGAGUGCCUUGGCGUUAAAAAUGUGAUAUUCGUAAGUAAAAAUACUCGUACAAAUAUUAAGUUUAGUGUAAUAUUUUAUGUAGAGAACUUAACGCAUAACUGUGACGCGAUGGUAAUUCCGUUGAGAUUUCCAUUUUUUUUAUUAGCUCAUUUAAUAACAUGAUUUUCGAUUUAAAAUUAGGUCUUGGCUAUUUGUGACUGCAUUUGUUUUGAGUACAAAAUCCCAAUGUUUUGUUGUAUUCAUGGUAUCAGUUUAAUAAGAACAACAUAAUAUAAUCAUAUUUUAAACAACAAUUAAACUUUAUGUAAAUCAUAUAAAAAUAAAUUGUAGUAUAAAAACACUAAAAAAAAGUCUUUGUCAGUAUUUAAAACAAACUAAAUGAGGUCAAACUCUAGUGGCUUUUUAGUAGCCAUUGAAGAGAUUUUUUGGUUGAGUAUGUUCCAUCAUCAAAUCGGCUCAAUAGUACCAAAUUAUUAUACCGGACGAUUUACAUCCGUUUUUGUUUUUGUAAAAUAAAUUUUGUAGUAAAAAAAAAUCACUAUAGAUAAUAAACCAGCCCCGGAUAAUUAAAUAAAAAAAAAUGUCAAUACUAUUUCAAUUAUUACAUUUUACUCAGUCACUUGAAAAUACAUGUUAAUUUAAAGAUUUUUCUAUUAUAAAAGACAUUUAUUUUGCUUUGUUUUAUAGAUACUCGUUCCGCCCGGUGUUACGGGGCAGGUGUAAGGUAACCUAUGUCCUUGUAUGUAUGACACGAAUGAAUGCAAAAUUUCAUUAUGAUCUGUUGGAGAGUUUUUUUAUAUAGAAUAGGAAGGCGGACGAGCAUAUGGACCACCCGAUGGUAAGUUGUCACCAAGGUCCUUAGACAUUGGCAUUGUGAGAAAUGUCAACCAUCGCUUACAUAGCCAAUGCGCGACCAACCUUGGGUACUAAGAUUUUAUGUCCCUUGUGCCUGUAAUUACACUGGCUCAUUCACCCUUCAAACCGGAAAACAACAAUAUCAAGUACUGCUGUUUUGCGGUAGAAUUCAGAUAUUCUACCGCAAAACAGCAGAUGUGUGGGUGGUACCUACUCAGACGAGUUUGGACAAAGCCACCAGUAACCCUAUACCUACCAUCAGUUGAGACCUGAAAGCGUAACAAACUAAUUCGCGUUUAUAAUAUUAUUAGGAUGAAAAUAAUUUGUAUGAGCUUAUAUAAGAAUUGUUAUAUAUUAAACUGUAUUUAGAAUUGGCCUUGAUGAUACGUCAUAGCAAGAGCAUUGAAUUCAUUCGAUUUAUUCAUUUUUCAUUCGAUUCAAUUCAAUCGAAACUUAAAUAUUAUAUUCCUGAAUGAGGAAUGAUCGAAAAGUAGACUUGAGUCUGACCUGCCACAGUGCAUUUAGCAAUUAUAAACCAAAAAAUUUAUUGAGUUUAGCUGCCAAUUGAAAGCAAUUUUACAUGGCGUUUUCAUGCAUUUUAGAAUGACGAUUGAGGGAUUGCAUCUAUAUUAUGCAACAUAGGAUUUAUAGGUAUCUAUGAGUUAACCUUGUAAAGUGAUGCUAUAAUUAUAGAUAAUUUAAAUACGGUUAUACAAUUUCAUAUUUUUUAUAUAUUUUAGAACGUUUCUAUUUUAUUUAACCUAAUCUUUAUUCGGGAUAAUAAUUGUUCAAUUCGAAUAUAAUUUUUUUUCAAUU